CCUACCUGCCCUGUGCCUACUGGGGGCACAAACAGCAACUUUACCUCAGAGGACCUCCAAGCAGAAAAGCCAGGAGGUGUUAGAAGAUGGAACUCUAUUAAUUCUAUUUCCAAAAUCAGGCAACAAAGAGGACAAAUUGUUAUAUUGUCUACUUCAAAGGAAGAACUCAACCUCUUUUAUCUACAGGAGCAGGAUAAUCCCUCCUUGAAGUCACGGUUAUGGAUGCGACAACCUUAUACAAAUGGAAUUCCCAGACCUCAUAAUUCUUGGAACCCUCCUCGCUGUGGAGUACCUGAUAUCCCUGUCCCUGCAGACUCUACAAAUGGUCGCAAUAGACAAAAACGGUUUGUGCUCUCUGGAGGCCGAUGGGACAAGCCAGACCUUACAUACAGGAUUAUCCGCUUUCCGUGGCAGCUUAGCAAGGUAAAGGUGAGAAAGACUCUUGCUGAAGCACUUAAAGUUUGGAGUGAGGUGACUUCUCUAACAUUUACUGAGGUACACGAAGGACGUGCUGACAUCAAUAUAGAUUUCACACGUUACUGGCAUGGAGACAACUUGCCAUUUGAUGGUCCUGGGGGCAUCCUUGCUCAUGCUUUUUUUCCAAAAACACAUCGUGAAGGGGAUGUACACUUUGACUAUGAUGAAGCUUGGACCAUCGGGAACAAUUUAGGAACAGACCUUUUACAAGUAGCUGCUCAUGAGUUCGGCCACGUGCUUGGUUUACAACAUUCCUCAGUGUCCAAGUCUUUGAUGUCUCCAUUCUACACCUUCCGUUAUCCACUUAGCCUUAGCACAGAUGAUAAACAGGGAAUCCAGUACCUGUAUGGGGCGCCACAUCCUCCAACUUCAGCACCAACCAUAAGGCCAGAAAGCCGCCAGCCUGAGCCGGAGAGCAAUGAGAUUCCUUAUUCUGAGCCGGAUGCCUGUACAACAGAUUUUGAUGCCGUAUCCACAAUCCGUGGAGAGCUGUUCUUCUUUAGAUCUGGGUACGUCUGGCGCCUGAGAGGGGGGAAACUUCAAAGUGGAUAUCCAGCAUUAGCUUCACGACACUGGAAAGGGAUCCCUGAGUCUGUUGAUGCUGCUUUGGAAGAUUCUGUUGGGAACAUCUGGUUUUUCCAUGGCUCAAAGUAUUGGGUAUUUGAUGGAAAGUUACAAGCCACAGGUCCCUUCCAGAUAUCAGAUCUUGGAUUGUCUGUCCCUAAUGUUCAAGCUGCGUUUUUGUGGGGCACUAACAAGAGUAAGAAAACCUAUUUAUUUAGAGGAGCAGAAUACUGGCGAUUGAAUACUGGCACACAACGAAUAGAAAAUAGACACUCCAGAAGUGUGAGCGAUUGGAGAGGGGUGCCCACAGGCAUAGAUGCUGCCUUCCAGGAUGAACACGGUUUUGCUUACUUCCUGCGGGGGCGAUAUUACUGGAAGUUUGAUCCUGUACAAGUUCGUGUGCUAGAUGGUUAUCCACGCCUGGUCAGCCAGGAUUUCUUUAACUGCCCAGUGGCAUCAACAUCAUCUGCCAACUCCUUAUGAUGAAACCAAUUCCACAAACCCUUUUCUAAUACGUACAUGUAUUCCUGCAGAGCAAUGAGGUAACAUAAGCCUAUGUUACUUUCCGGACUGCAGAGAGUAAUGCAAGGGACAGUCUCUAUUGUUCCAUCGACCAAAAUUUAGUUUGACUGACUUAUAAAGUAAGGUGAUGUAGCCUUAGGUGCACAGAUAAGGGACAUUUUAACACUACAAAAUGGUGGUAUGGCAAAAACAUUGUAACCUUGCUGCAAGUCAUGUGAUGGACUGCCAGGAAGCCUAGAUUUCUAUGUCUGUGGGGAAAAAAAAUGUAUUAAGUCAGUUUUAAGGGACAAAGGAAAUGUAUCCUAAAAGAAACAUGACAUUUUUAGUUUAGGUAACGGUUGAGUCCGGUUAUGCUGCAUCUAUUUCUGAUAUCUCAGUAUCGAUGCAAGCGUCAUCUAGCAGUAACCAUUUUAUUGAGACACUAUACUCUCUUUAAGAGCUCGUAAAGCUGCACGUGCAAGUGUAUGGGGGAUUACAAAGGGCAGAAUACUGCCGAUCUUUUGUCUGAAUUUGCAGGAGAAAAAAUUUACAGUGUUUCUACAGAGAAUUCUGCAAUACCUGCUGCAGAUUUUAAAUCUAUUUACAUAUUUUUGGGGGGAUCCGCAGAAAAAUCGGCACAUAAAUCUGCAUGAUAUGAUGCGAAUGUGCAGAUGCACAUUUUCCUGCAAAUCCUGGUCAUUCGACUUAAAGGAAAAUGGUCAC